CCUGGCAGUGUUGUCCCCUAGGUCAGGGGCCAGAGGCAAAGACUUGCCCAGAGGAGAGGAGAGGAGAGAGAGGAGGUUGUGUGGCUAAGCUGCUCCUGACUGAAGGAUGUCACAGCUGAGCCUGUCCUGGCUGGGACUGGGGCAGCUGGCAGCCUCCCCGUGGCACCUCCUGCUGCUGGCUGGGGCCGCCUGGCUGCUGGCCCGCAUCCUGACCUGGAGCUACCGACUGCAUGACAUCUGCUGCCGUCUCAGGUGUUUCCCGCAGCCUCCGAGGCGCAACUGGUUCUGGGGUCACCUGGGCCUGGCCCCCCCCACGGAGCAGGGUUUGAGGGUCAUAAGUCAGCAUGUGGCCACCUACACCCAGGGGUACAAGUUGUGGAUGGGUCCUAUCUGGCCCCUGGUCGUUUUGUGCCACCCCGACAUGGUCCGGAGUGUCACCAGCAUCUCAGCUGCCAUCGCACCCAAGGACAUGGUCUUCUACAACUUUAUGAAACCCUGGCUGGGGGAUGGGCUCCUGUUGAGUGCUGGUGACAAGUGGGGCAGCCACCGCCGCAUGCUGACACCUGCCUUCCACUUCAACAUCCUGAAGCCCUAUGUGAAGAUUUUCAAUGGCAGUGCGAAUGUCAUGCAUGCCAAGUGGAAGCGCCUGGUGUCAGAGGGUAGCAACCAUCUGGACAUGUUUGAACACAUUAGCCUCAUGACCCUGGACAGUCUGCAGAAAUGUGUCUUCAGUUUUGACAGCAAUUGCCAGGAGAAGCCUAGUGAAUAUAUUGCUGCCAUCUUAGAGCUCAGUGCCCUCGUGGCAAAACGGCAUCAGCAGAUCCUCCUGCACACAGACUUCCUGUACUAUCUCACUCCAGAUGGACAGCGCUUCCGCAGAGCCUGCCGCCUGGUGCACAACUUCACAGAUGCUGUUAUCCAGGAGCGACGCCGCACUCUCCCCGAUCAGGGUAUUGAUGAAUUCCUCGAGGCCAAGGCCAAGACCAAGACUUUGGACUUCAUUGAUGUCCUCCUGCUGACCAAGGAUGAAGAUGGAAAACAAUUGUCAGAUGAGGACAUCCGAGCAGAGGCUGACACCUUCAUGUUUGAGGGCCAUGACACCACAGCCAGUGGCCUCUCCUGGGUCCUGUACAACCUUGCAAAGCACCCAGAAUACCAGGAGCGCUGUCGGCAGGAGGUGCAAGAGCUCCUGAGGGACCGUGAGCCUCAAGAGAUUGAAUGGGACGACAUGACCCAGUUGCCCUUCCUGACCAUGUGCAUCAAGGAGAGUCUGCGGUUGCAUCCCUCAGUCACAGUCAUCUCCCGCUGCUGUAGCCAGGACAUUGUGCUCCCAGAUGGCCGGGUCAUCCCCAAAGGUGUUACCUGCCUCAUUAGUAUUUUUGGGACCCACCACAACCCAUCUGUGUGGCCAGACCCUGAGGUAUACAACCCCUUUCGCUUUGACCCAGAAAACAUCAAGGAGAGGUCACCCUUGGCUUUUAUUCCCUUCUCUGCGGGGCCCAGGAACUGCAUUGGGCAGACGUUCGCCAUGACCGAGAUGAAGGUGGUCCUGGCGCUGACGCUGCUGCGCUUCCGGGUCCUGCCGGGCGAGGAGGAGCCGCGCAGGAAGCCGGAGCUGAUCCUGCGCGCGGAGGGCGGACUCUGGCUGCGCGUGGAGCCGUUGAGCGUGGCACCCCGGUGACCCAGACCCUACACGCCUCACUUUGCGGAUUCCUGGGAAUGAAACCGUGUCAUCUCCUCUGUCCGAGCUUCUCCUAGAGCCAACAGGGGGCGCCAGGACCUGUGGGCACGCAGGGAUGGGUGAGGCGGGGUGGAGGGGAGGCUGAUGUCUGAGCCCAAGACCCUGACAGCCUUUCCAGCUGACUACAGGCCCCAUGCUGAUUACGGGUUCUCCCAGAAUCAAACCUGUGGUUACUCCAGAUUUCCAAUCAACAGAUAGAAAAUAAA